AUGCCUGGAAAUUACGAGCUACUGUGCCUUGAGAACCCGCUCCUGGAUAUCCAGGGCGUUGGUGAUCAAGCUCUUCUGGAUAAGUAUGGUCUCAAACCCAACGACGCUAUCCUCGCCGACCCAGAGAAGCACAUGGGAUUGUACGAGGACUUGAUCCAGAACUACAAGGCCGUCCUCAUCGCCGGUGGUGCUGCGCAGAACACUGCCCGAGGUGCUGCAUACGUCCUUGAGCCCAACUCAGUCGUCUACAUUGGCUGCAUUGGCAAGGACAAGUACGGCGAGACUCUCGAGAAGAUCUCUGCCGAUGCUGGUGUCAAGACCGAGUACCUCUACGAUGAGAAGACCCCCACCGGUCGCUGUGGUGUUGUCAUCACUGGCCACAACCGCUCACUGUGCACCGACCUCGCUGCUGCCAACAACUACAAGCUUGAGCAUCUGAAGCAGGACCACGUCUGGAAGCAGGUUGAGAACGCCAAGGUAUUCUAUGUUGGCGGCUUCCACUUGACCGUCUGCGUACCCGCCAUUAAGGCGCUUGCCGAGGAGGCUGCAUCAAAGAACAAGCAAUUCAUUCUCAACCUCUCCGCUCCAUUCAUCUCACAAUUCUUCAAGGAUCCUCUCGAUGAGGUCAUCCCGUACGUCGACAUCCUGAUCGGCAAUGAGACCGAAGCCGCAGCGUUCGCUGAGUCUCAUGGCUUUGAGACCAAGGACGUUAAGGAGAUUGCAAAGAAGAUUGCCAGCUUGCCCAAGAAGAACACCAGCAGACCAAGGACAGUCGUCUUCACCCAAGGCACUGACCCCACCAUCGCCGUCACUGCCAAGGAGGGUGGUGAACCUGAGGUCAAGGAGGUUGCCGUACAUGCCAUCAGCAGCGACAAGAUCAACGACACCAACGGUGCCGGUGAUGCAUUCGCUGGUGGUUUCGUCGCUGGUAUUGUCCAGGGCAAGCCUCUUGAGAAGGCUAUUGACAUGGGCCAGUGGCUUGCGAAACUCAGCAUUCAGGAGCUCGGUCCCUCGUACCCGCAGCCCAAGCAGACUUACAGCGGCUAA